AUGAGUGCCAGUCUAGAGACAUUACCUGAUGAACUUUUACUAGAAGUCUUCAGAAACAUCCCCCAAGAUGUCCCCCAAGACGUCCCCGAGGCUUGGAAUCUCGCUUUAACAAACAAUGCAGAUGUCCUGGUACAGCAAGCAACUACGAGCAUGUCGUUCUCCAAGGCUGCUACUGUAAUCAAGUGCAUGAGUGGGUGGACCAAGACGGAUCGUUUGGUCGGCGAACUUUAUGCGCGUGGUUGUACCCAGGUUAUCGAGGACAUCAGCAGCAGCCGUUUCACCGAUGCGAAGCAGAUUCUCGCAAUCAUACAGUGUCUACUAGACAGCACGCACGUCCCCGAUGACUACUUCUUGGGCGUUGCCAAAGCAUGCCGAGACCUUGUCAUCGAGACCAUCCGCAACAAGCGUUUUCUCGACACCGACGACAUUUUCGAAGUCAUAGAGCAGCUACUAAGCAACACGCGCCUUCCCAACGACUACUUUGCUGGUGUUGUCGAAACAUGCCGAGACCUUGUCAUCCAGGCCAUCCGCAGCGGAAAUUUUAUCGCUGCAAGGUUAACUCUCGGAGUCAUACAACAGCUACCAGACAACACGCGCAUCUCCGACGACUACUUCUAUGGUGUUGUCGAAACAUGCAGAACCUUGAUCAGUCCGGCCGUUAGCAGCAACCGUUUUUUCGACGCGAAACAGAUCCUCGCAGUCAUACAGUGUCUACUAGACAGCACGCACGUCCCAGACGACUACUUCUUUGGUAUUGUCGAAACAUGCCGAACCUUGAUCAUCCAGGCCAUCAGCAAUAGACGUUUCGACAACGCAUCGUCAACCCUCGAAAUUAUACUGCGGCUACCAUCCAGCACGUGCAUUCCCGACGACUACUUCUUUGGCGUUUACAAAACAUGCCAAGGCCUUGCCAUCCAGGCCAUCAACAACGAUUGCUUCGACUGCGUGGACCAGAUUACAAGCAUGAUACGGCAGCUACCAGGCAACACCCACGUCUCGGACUGCGUUUGUCCUUCCAUUCAGACGGACUAA